CGGUUGCAUAUAGAGCUGCAAAACUCAAGUUUGAGACCUUGUGGACAAAAACUCGAAACUCUUUGGGUUGGAGCCAGCACAACACAUCGUGUUGGUUUCAUUUUCUUCGAAUCAAUUCGUUGAGAAAACUUGGGAUUUCUCUUCAAUAUGGCGCGAACUAAAGUUCCUCCUAUUGCGACUCAAGAUUCUACUUCUCAUAUUGAGAAAGGAGUUGGUUCUUCCGAGUCUCAAGAAACUUCAUCUAGUUCUUUUACAUCAUUUUCUUCAACGCCAACAUGCCCCAAUUGCAGUAACAUAUUUGCAGAACUAUCAGAUAUGGACUUUCGUAGUCACGUGGCUGCAUGCAGUCGACCAUCCACAGCGGAAUCAGUAGGAACUAUUACUACAUCAGGUAGUUCUCUAUCACCACCUCCUAUUUCACUUGAGAAUGUAUAUGCUUCAGCAAAGUAUUUAUCCAAUAAGGAUGGGCCGAGACCGGAUUUGCAUUUCGACUACAAUGCAGCUCAAGAGCCUGCUAUUGCCAUCGCUGACGCUGACGCCGACGAAGAAGAUUUCGAUCCAGAAGAUCAUGAUCGGAUUCAACCAUAUAUCGAUCCAAAUUCUGAAUUCGACUACUAUGAUCAAGCCGAAGGCCAUGAAGAACAUGAUGUAGAUAUCAAUGAUCCAGAUAUUGGUCUCAAGUUCAAAUAUCCCAAGCUUCCCCCGGUGGAGCACUUCGAAAAAUACCUUAAGAAUCCUAGCGAAAUGCCAUAUGAUGAACUGUACAAAAGAGCUGCGAUUGUGAGCACAAAGAGGCGGACAGGCUUGCCGAGCAAUUGGACAGGGGACGACCUGGUGGCUACUGCAAAACAUUACGCAGUGGAAUUGAAAUUGAAAACUCCAGAAUGGACAGCUUUCAUCGAUCAGUAUCAUCAAGAUGAUGAAUUUCGUCUACGUCUCGAAAGUCUUCGGGACCCACAAUUCAGAGCCAAACUUCAAAGACAAGCUUUCGUUAGAGAACAAGAGAAGCAAAAGCUUAAGCAAAAGGAACUUAAAGAAAGCCGAGAAAGAAAAGCAGGACGUCUGAUAGAUCCCACAAAGUGGGAUGAUAUGAAGCAAGCAGAGGUAUACGGUUUUGAAUAUUCUUCCCAUCCAAAACAUGUUGGUGCGCAACCAAUCCCAUCGGCCUCUAGAAAGCGUGGUGUGGGUGAAAUAGAUAUGAGUGAAGGUAGAAGUGGUCGAGCUCAGCGAAUGGCUACGAGGAAAAUGUACGAUCAAAGUACACCAGAGGAUGAAUCGGACGGCUUACCAGCAAAACGACAACGCAAGGUUCGAGUUCUUGAUGAUGCUAUUGGAGAGUUAUCUAAGUCUCCUCGAAAACAAAGCCGAAGUCAAACCCCCAUCAGAAGAACUUUUCCAUCGGGAAAACCCAUUGGAAGGCCACCAAAAUCUCUGUCAAAGCUUAAGGAUGUUCAGCUUGCAUCUGGCGAAGAUGAAACGAUACUUGAAGAUGAAUCUAUUAAGGACGAAGAUAUUUCUCGACAUCUCCUACCAGCCGAACAAGAGCAACUACAGCAAUCGGCCGAAUUACUUGUCAAUCAAAUCGCCGAAGAAUUGCCUGUUGAACCAGUUGUAAAAAAGAAGCAUGCAGGUGGUAGGCCACGGAAGCAUCCGCUUCCCGUUCCUGCUCCUGUGGCUGUUGUUGACGUUAUUAAACCCGCAGAACAAAUUACUACAGCAGUAUCCGAGACCCCGUCGGCAAUCGUACCUCCUAUCAAGCCAAAGGCUAAAGUUAUCAAACCAAAGAAGCAACCAGCCAAGUCAGCCAAAUCCGGUGGUCGGGUCAAGAAGGAAGCUAAUGUCGAACCAAGUGCUGAAACUGAGGAAGAAAAUGCAAUCUUGCCGACAACCGAGCACGAUGACGACUCGGAUUCAGAAGCAACUGAGGCAAUCAACUCAAGGCGCGACAGCUCAUCAUCGCAGUCAACUAUCUCUUCUUAUGGUGAUCGUCAAAUCAACCGUUCUUCCACCCAUGAGCAGACCCUAACACGUGAACCUCGAACAGCUACUCGAAAUCGUGCAGCAGCAUCUGUCGAAAAGUCAACCUCAAUUCAAGAGUCCCCCAAGAAAGCUGUACGAGGAAAACGUAAUAGUAGAUCGAGCGAAACCCCUGUCGCUAAUUCUCAAUUACUAAAGGCACGGAAGCCGCGUGGAAAACAGGCAACGAUUGAGGAGGAUGAAGAAGUGGACCCGUCACAUGAACCAAUCAUCAAGAAGGAGGCAACUCCGGCCGCACAUCCGAUCAUUUCACCAUCAUCGUCCCGAACUAAGCGCAAGCGAACUGUUGAAGUCAAUUCUGACGCGCCAACAGCUCCGAGUGCUUCCCCUACCAAGAAGGCUCGUAAAGGUCGCCCUACCAAAUCCUCAUCAGCACCCUCCGAGGGCCCUCUUAUUAUUUCGGCUUCAUCGUCAAAAAUCAAGAUAAACAAGAGGGCUAAAGGACCUCUUGCAAGAAUUCUUCCACCACGUGAACCCAGUACUCGAGCUCGCCGGGCUCCAAAGGCUAUUCGAAAUACUGAUGAUGCCAACGAGGAUGACGAGGAUGAAGAUGAGUUGCAAAUGCCAGCAACAGAGUAUGAAAGGUAUCAAGCUUUAGCUGAUCCAAGGAGUCCCAUUACAUUGGGAAAGAGGAUUCGAAAAAGCGUUAUUGAUUUAAGAACAGCUAUGGAAGGUGGUGAUGAUGAAGAUGGCGAUGACGAGUUUGAGGGGUGA